AACCGUUUGAGCGGGUGGAUGGGAAACAUUGAUGUGAUGCGUACCUGACAUCGGCAGUGGCUCUAUUUUAUUUUUUCAGUCUUUUUAGUCAUCGUAGAUCCAUAGGGAUUGGAAUAUAGCAUCUUUUUGUCACUUUUUACCGAGGGGAGCAAGUUGAAGUUCUUCCCUGGUUCUGGUGUCCGACCAUGACUUCCGUAAUGGAGUCCACACAAGACCUCAUGGACGUUUUCGCAGCCAAGCUGAAAGAUUUCAGCAAUGAAAUCGACGAUGUCCACAUUGUCUGGCUGGAAGAAAUUGGACAGGCGGCGUUGAAAAUGUUCUCCAGUGACUUCAGCACAGAACCGGAACUUAUGCCCAAAACUCCGUCCCAGAAGAAAAGCAGCCGCAGGAGACGAGUGUCUGUGGGACAAACGGAAUCCAAAGCCAAAAAAGGCCUCUCCAAGAGCAGGCGCAGCAACCUGCGGCGUUCCUCCGCUCACCAGGCCGGCCUCCUCCCCAUACACGAGGACCUCGCCGCCCCCGAGGAAGACGCCACAGAGGAGGAGCCUCAGCGCAAAACCCGCCGGAACAACAACGCCACUAAAGCAGCACGUGGCAAACAAAAUGCUGCCGCCGCCGCACCAUCGGAGGAUGAGGCACCUCAGGAGGAAGAGGGGAUGACCACAGAGCCGUCCAGCUCUGACGAACCCCCUCAAGUGUCCCAGGCUGAGGAGGCGGACGCAGCCCAUGCUGAUGUUGAUGCUGCAGCAGUGGUGCCAGACACUCCCACCGGUCCCCCGGUACGCAACUCCGUGCGGCGGUCCACAGCCUCCCGGCGCUCCCUGGCGGGGCUCAGGAGGAGCCUGACUCAGGAGGCGGUGAGGAGGGCCUCCCGACGCUCCUUCCUCAAGAAGAAGGCCCGGCUGAGUCGCUCUGCUUCCAGCUCAGUCACUGGUGAUGAUAUCGUUGUGGACACGGAUGGAGAGGAAGUAGAGGCGAUUCAAGGAGAUGAGGUCUUUGAAGAAGUUGAGCCAGCCAUAUCUCUGUCACCUGUACCAGAUGAGACUGUGGAGCCUGACAUGGCCAAGGAUGCGGAGCAGCCAGAUCCUGAACCACCCCGCUACACCCGCUCCAUGGCCAGAAACACUCCCACAGACGCCUCAACCGUCAGCCUCAUUGUCAAGGCACAGACACCCUCCAAUGCCCCAGACAACAGUACAAAAGCUGCAGGAACCCAAUCGGCAUCCCGCUUUGGGUUCAAGCGUAAGGUGGAUCCUGCUGAAGAUGCUCCCAAAAAGAAAGCUUCUCCUCGGGCCAAACAGUCGGCUGUGAAGCCCAACAUGAAGUCCUUCAUCCACACGGUGCAGAAGAACCAGCUGCUGAUGAUGACUCCGGGCUCGGCUGGCCGCAGCUCCGUCAUGUCCUUCAUCAAGCACAGCACUCCGGGCAGAGUCGACCCCAAGCAGUGGUACCCCCGUAACAAGAUGGCAGAGUUCAGGAUUGACUGUUCUAAUAUACAGUGGUAG